AUGGCCAACGGCCUGGCCCCGUCCCUGGCCCCGUCCCUGGCCCUCACUCUAACGUCGGCGGCUUCAUCGUCAUCUUCGACUGGCCUGAACUCUGUCGCUCCCUCCGCUUCUGCUGCUCUUUCACUCCCUGCGGCAGCUGUCAAGCUCACUACUGCAACUGUUGCUACCGCUCUAUCCGCCGUGUCCACCCACCCCCCGCCCUUUCUUCCUCCAACUCCCUCGACAAUGGCGGGGUGGAUCACUUGGGUGUUCACCUUCAUCUUCCAGGUGAUUCCCCGUGGAUUAUACUGGACUAUCGCCUUCACCACCAUUACAUUGCCUACAUGGCUCUUUACGCUCUUUUCCAUGAGCUUGACGUUCACCAUGAACUUCACCACCCUCAUGUUGAUCCUCCUCGCCCUGGUCUCGACUGUCAGCUGGUUCAUCCGCUACCGGUUCUUGAACAUGUAUAGCCGUCUACCUCCGGAGCCCCAACGCAAAGAAGCGCAAAUCGACCUGUUCCCGGAUGUCCAAGAAGGCGACUCGAAACCUGGGCUGGCCAAUUACCUGGAUGAGUUCCUCAGCGCAAUCAAAGUCUUUGGAUACUUGGAACGGCCGGUCUUUCACGAAUUGACUCGGACCAUGCAGACAAGGAAGCUGAUUGCGGGGGAGACACUCAUGCUCGAGGAAGAAAAGGGCUUUUGUUUGGUGGUCGAUGGGCUGGUACAGAUCUUCGUCAAGUCCACUCGUCAAGGCAACAAGAUGGGUUCCUCCGAGGACCUACAUUUGGAUGAUGACGCUACAUCUGACGAGGAGGAUAACCAUAUGCAUGGCCGACAGGGAUACCAAUUGCUGACGGAGGUGAAGAAUGGUGCUUCCAUGUCGUCACUCUUCUCUAUCUUGUCUCUCUUUACGGAGGACAUCCAGCUCCGGAACUCGCGAAGCUCUAGCUCGAGUAACUCUAGUGCGGGACCCGACCCGGCCAAUUUCCGUGCUGAAUCCGUUCCUGUCAGUCCGAGUGUCGGGGUAAUCGGGAGCCCUCACUCGACAAUUCGGGAUUACGAACCCCAUUCGAAUCUCAAUGGCCAUGCAGAUGGACUGCCGGCAGUUCCUCCACUCCAUCUAGGAGAAAGUCAUAGUGUGCCCACCCACACCACUCAACCCAACCUCAACCGACAGAACAAGAAGCGUCGCAAGUCCGUGCACCCUGAUAUCGUCGCUCGAGCUACUGUAGAUACUACCAUUGCUAUCAUCCCUGCUAGCGCGUUCCGCCGAUUGACUCGGGUCUACCCAAGAGCCACAGCGCAUAUCGUCCAGGUUAUUCUGACACGUCUUCAACGUGUGACAUUUGCGACUGCCCACUCUUACCUGGGCUUGACAACGGACGUACUAGGAAUUGAGCGACAAGUCUCCAAGUUUACCACGUGGGAUCUGCCUAAUGAUCUACGAGGCAGUGCAUUGGAUCGUCUCAAGGACAAGUUCAUGCGGGAGAGAGACCGCCUGGGACCGGAGGAAGUUUGCAAAGGAAUUGCUCUGCAUAACCCUUCCGUCGGACGGAGACGGCGCUCGAGCAGCUCCCUUAGGAAGGAAGCUGUUCUGCAGGCCCGUAUGAUGGGUACAAGCCGUCCCGCCCCUCUCACUCCGCACCGACAGCCAACUACAUUUAUGGACCGGGAUAUGAUGGGAGUCAGCCCCGGUGACUUGCUUUCCACUAUUCAGCUGUCUCGAUUUGGCCCGCGCGGCGACCACAUUAGCCCUCAGAUUCAAAGUCCCCUUACCGAGAGGGAGCGACCUCUUUUCCAAGCUGCAGGGAAGGACCUCCGCCCAUCUCCAUUCCAGCGUACAGAUUCGAUCGACGAAGACACUCUUUUCCGCGAGUCCAUCUUGGAUUGUAUGAUGAAGGCAAUUGGUCUGACUGAAAGUACGAGCGAUGCCUUGCGCAAAAGUAGCCACUCCGGCGAUGCUUCGCCUCGGCUGCUUUCAUAUGACUCGCGUCGACAAAAGGCAGUCUUUUCUAAUGCGUUUGGUUUUAUUGAUCCGUACGAGGGGUCCGGUGACGGUGAAACUGAAUCUAUGAUGUCCAUGUCGGUGACCAGUGCUGGAGGAACCUCGCCGGUCGUCAAUCUACGCGAGGAUCUGCGCCACGACAUUGAGGUUGUCUACUUCCCUCAAGGCUCGGUUCUUGUGGAGCAGGGUGAACGACAUCCCGGUCUCUACUAUGUCAUUGACGGGUUUUUGGAUGUCGGCAUCCCAGUCAACGAGCGCGGCGAUGACCUUGUCGGCAGCUCACGUCCAUCCGAUGGGCCGCUCUCGCAAGCCCAGGAGGAACUGUUCCCAAGCCUGAACCGUACCACUACGGGCUCCUCGCGGGCGUCGACUUCCAAUGCCUCCGGUGACUCACGGCGUAAGACUCACUCGCGCAAAUCGCUUUACCUGAUCAAGCCGGGUGGCAUCCAGGGAUACGUUGGUGCUCUCGCCUCCUACCGGUCCUACACUGAUGUCGUUGCCAAGACUGAUGUCUAUGUUGGAUUCCUCCCGCGAGCAUCGCUUGAGCGAAUUGCCGAUAGGUACCCGAUUGCCUUGCUCACGCUGGCGAAGCGGUUGACUAGUCUUCUGCCCCGUCUGCUGCUACACAUUGAUUUUGCCCUUGAAUGGGUGCAGGUCAAUGCGGGCCAGGUGAUUUACCAUCAAGGAGACGAAAGUGAUGCCAUCUAUCUCGUGUUGAACGGCCGACUGCGAUCUGUCUUGGAAGGCUCCAAGGGUAAGAUAACAGUGAUCGGCGAGUACGGUCAGGGUGAGAGUGUGGGUGAACUUGAAGUCAUGACCGAGUCCACCCGCCCUGCUACUCUUCAUGCAAUUCGAGACACCGAAUUGGCCAACUUGGCACAAGAACACCCGGGAAUUACUAUCCAAGUCUCUAAGCUGAUUGCUCAACGCAUGCGUGAUCUGGUCGAGCACCCGCUUUCCGAGAAAGGUAUCGAGCAGGGUCAUAGUGGUGUGCAGACUGCGACAUCAACUGUCAAUCUCCGCACAGUAGCCAUUCUCCCGGUUACUGCGGGUGUUCCCGUGGUUGAAUUUGGACACCGGCUACUCAAUGCACUUCACCAGAUUGGUGUCACUAGAGGGGUGACCUCGCUCAACCAGGCGGCCAUUCUGAAUCACUUGGGACGGCACGCUUUCAGCAAGAUGGGUAAGCUGAAGCUUUCUCAGUACCUUGCUGAUCUCGAGGAGAAGUACGGACUGGUGUUGUACAUUGCGGAUACCAAUGUCAACUCUCCCUGGACACAGACUUGUAUUGCGCAGGCAGACUCAAUUCUGUUGGUCGGUCUCGCUGAGUCGUCGCCUCGAAUCGGCGAAUAUGAGCGGUUCCUGUUGGGCAUGAAGACAACCGCCCGAAAAGAGCUCGUUCUUUUGCAUGCGGAGCGAUACUGCUCACCUGGACUAACCCGUCGCUGGCUCAAGAAUCGCGUGUGGAUCAACGGAGGCCACCACCACAUUCAGAUGGCGUUCCGUCUCACGACAGAGCCCUCACACCCGCAGACCAAGAAGUUCGGCACUGUGCUCAAGCAACGCGUGCAGAUUCUACAGGCUGAGAUCCAAAAGUAUACUUCUCGACGAAUCCAACAGACCCCGCUCUACUCGCCGCAAACCCCUUUCAAGGGUGAUUUCCAUCGUUUAGCUCGGCGACUGUGCGGCAAAUCUGUCGGUCUUGUCCUGGGUGGUGGUGGUGCUCGAGGAAUUGCUCAAGUCGGCGUAAUCAAGGCUCUUGAAGAGGCUGGCAUUCCCAUUGAUAUCAUUGGCGGUACUUCCAUCGGCUCCUUCAUUGGCGCGUUGUACGCACGAGAUGCAGAUGUGGUCCCCAUGUAUGGCCGCGCAAAGAAAUUCUCCGGUCGGAUGGGAAGUAUGUGGCGGUUCGCCCUGGACUUGACCUAUCCAACCGUCUCGUAUACCACGGGUCACGAAUUCAACCGCGGUAUCUUCAAGACCUUUGGCGACAGCCAAAUUGAAGAUUUCUGGCUCGAGUUCUACUGUAACACGACGAACAUCAGCCGCUCCCGCGCCGAGUACCACUCGUCCGGAUACGUCUGGCGGUACGUCCGCGCCUCGAUGUCCCUCGCCGGUCUGAUCCCUCCAAUCUGUGACGAAGGCAGCAUGCUCCUUGACGGCGGAUACAUCGACAACCUAACAGUCGCGCACAUGAAAAGCCUCGGCGCAGACGUAAUCUUCGCCGUCGACGUAGGUUCCAUUGACGACAACACACCACAAGGCUACGGCGACUCCCUAUCCGGUUUCUGGUCCAUGCUCAACAGAUGGAACCCCUUCUCCGGCAUCCCGAAUCCACCCACCCUCUCCGAAAUCCAAGCCCGUCUCGCCUACGUUUCGUCAAUCGAUAACCUCGAACGGGCGAAGAGCACAGCUGGCUGUUUGUACAUGCGUCCACCAAUUGACCCCUACGGAACACUUGAUUUUGGUAAAUUCGAUGAAAUUUAUCAAGUCGGGUAUGCGUAUGGCAAGGAGUUCCUAGAUCGCUUGAAGAAUGAGGGAUCGCUUCCGAUUCCGGAGGAGACGGAGGAGAAGAGAAAGUUGCAGCGGACUAUGGCGCCCCGUCGUGCUAGUAUUUAG